AUGCAAACGCAUAGUGAUUUUAUCGAACUAGUAGAUCGAUAUGAUUACAGUGAUAUCGAAAAUCGGACGUUUAUUUCGUUGUACCACAGUUCAGUGUUAGCUGUGACUAUGGCUCCAUGGUUGGAUCUUCCAUAUGAGAUACGAGACGUUACUGCGGAGGAGGAUAAAGUUAUCAAGAAAUGCUUAAUAGGCUACACCAAACCCUUUGUGAAAUGUGGCGAGAAACAGUACGUGAUGCCCGGUGCAUUCAGAAAGCACGCAGAGGCGAUAUACAACAUGCAGGUGCGGCCAGAUGACAUAUGGGUUAUCACGUUCCCUAGAUCAGGAACAACAUGGACUCAGGAGAUGGUGUGGUUAAUUGAAAAUGAAUUAGAUUAUAAAGGUGCUAAGGAAAGGUCUCUUUUCGAACGAUUUCCUAUGUUAGAAAUAACAGCAUUAAUACCAGAACUGGCAUUUGAUUUAAUUAGGAUCAAUUUUAUGAACCUCGCCUAUUUCCAAGGCUUGAACCAGGCAGCGAGAGUGCCAAGUUGGAAGACCAUAGAAGACGCGCCUUCCCCACGCUUCAUAAAGACACAUCUACCUCUUUCACUUCUUCCUCCAAACUUGUUAAGCACAGCCAAAGUUAUUUAUGUGGCGAGAGACCCAAGAGAUGUGGCUGUAUCGUACUAUUAUCUGCACAAAAUGGUAAUAAAGACUCUCAUGCGUGCGACAUUCAAUCAUUUCUGGGAUGCUUUCAGAAAAGAUUUGUUACCCUGGACCCCCAUUAUUGAGCAUACAAAUGAAGCGUGGAAGUUGCGGCACAAUGAGAAUCUCCAUUUUCUUUUUUAUGAGGAUAUGAUAAAGGAUUUACCAAAAACGAUUCGAGGAGUUUGCAACUUUCUAAACAGAGAUUACUCGGAAGACCAAGUCCGUUUUCUCGCCAGCCAUCUCAGUUUCCAUAACCUUCGAAAAAACAAGGCUGUAAAUAACACUACUACCGAAAACAAUGAAAUACAAUUCAUACGAAAAGGUGAAGCAGGCGGUUGGCGGACGCAUUUUGACGCUAAAAUGGAAGUCCAAGCUGAAAAUUUUCUCUGCACCAGAUUGCACUACCUCGACUUAGCGUAUCCCUCAAUAGCAGUCGAUAUAGAAGAAACACGUUUA